AUGUAGCAACAUUAAUCUUAACCAAUGAUACCACAAGCAUAUCAUUAACCUCAGAGAAAUGCCUCCAAUUCUCCUCACUAAAGAGUUGUUCCUCCUCUACCUCUCACACCCACCCACAGUCAACCUAAACAAUAUUAUGACCAAGGUGAUAAAGACAACCAUUACUCUGCAGAUAUGAGACUUUAAAAUAGGCAGUCCAGCGAUCUCCCCAAUGGAUAAUCUUACCAAAAUAUGACAGUAAGACUCCAAGCUUUGGAAAGAGAGAAUUAGAGUCUCAAGAAAUAACUAGAGAAAGCAAAUAAUCAAAUUCAAAUCUUAAGCCAAAAACUGAAUCAGCAUCCAACUCAAAGUCUACUUAAAACAACUACCUUCGAACUUGUUGUUCUUCAAAAAGCAGUAGAAUAAUUAGAAAGUUUGAAGAGUUUAUUAGCGAAAAAAAAGUUGUAAGGAAGCAAUAAUUAAACAGCACUGCCUGAGUCUUUCAAAGAUGUGGCCAGUGAAUUUAAGAGCAAAGUAACAUUAGUAGAAGAUAGAGCCAAUCAAUCAGUUUAAUAAUCUUAGGCUAAGCUAUUAUUCCCAAAGGAACACUUAAUCUAAAAUUACUAAUCCCAUCCUCCCUGUAUAGAAGAAGCUAAGGAAGAACCAAGACAGGGAAGAAGAAUAUUGGCAAACACCUAAUCUGAUCAAGUGGAGGACAGAAUUAAAAUCAGUCCAAUUAAAUAUCUAAAUGUUAAAGCCUGUGGUAAUUAGAUGUCCUUGAGAAUAUCUCCUAAGGGAAGGUCAGAAAUAUCAUAGCACUGAUUAGACAUGUAUAUAAUAGUUAUUUGGUCAUUAAAUAUUCAAUUGUUUA